AUGGAGAGUGAACAAACUGAGCAGAGCUUCAUUAUCACGCUUCCCUCUGGUGCACAACGGGAUUAAGAACAUUUCAAUGAACGACAUACAGUUUGUGUCGAAUUCAGGCCUACACAUUGUGCCUGAUAAGUGUUACAUUAUUUUAUAUUCUCAGAAGCGGGGAGGAAAAGUUCUGGGCCCCCGAGGGAAGACGAAGGAAUGAGGGAAAUGAUAAAGCGAGUGAAGACGGCACUGUCUCUCGGAUGGUAAUAAACGCAUCAUUAUUAGCCUGUCACACAACAGAACGCUUGUCGAGGAAAGGCACAGCCAAAUAUUUUUUCUCUGGUGCUUUAUUCCAAGAAGCCCUGAGGACGUGCGUGAAGCCCUUCCCACUCUGUUCCUUAAAUUCGCUGCGCCUGCUGGAACUCAGGAGGAGGUUUGGCGCUGGAUCUGCCGGCUCCCUUCGCAUUCAUCCAACCCCUGUAACCUCCAGGUGUGCAGAUGCCCCUUUUGUAGGCAUCGCGGCAGACACAAAGGAACUCGCGUCACUUUUUUUUCUAUCUUUAAGGUGACCGCCUUCAUCAGCUCGCCGUCCGCUCCUGGCCAGCCUGUGUGGCCGAAGACAACGUGAACCUCGCUCUCUGCUCGGAUAUCCGUCUGUGUGUGUUUCACCGACAGCGACCAGCACAGGCUUAAAUGUAGCUUCUAUCGAUAAGUUUAUAAUCAGAUUGACGGUCGUUGCGUCAACGGAGGGAAGUCUGCGCUGCCCAAUUGGCCGCGAGACGAGCUGCUCUCUUCAUGGACCGCUGAAUUGUUAAAUGACACAGCGAUGAAUGUUGUGAUCUCUCUCCCGUGAUACAAGAUAGCUUAUCUGGAGCCGCAGCAGCUGCCUGUCUGUCGCUUUUAAUGCAUAGCCUUUGCAGGGUCAAGAUGCAGUUUCGGACUGUGCUGGACGUGAAAGUCGUGGACGUGGAGAAGAGGCGCAAUCCGUCUAAACACUACGUAUAUCUCAUCAAUGUCACCUACUCUGACAACACCUCCCACAUCGUCUACAGAAGAUACAGCAAAUUCUUUGACCUACAGAUGCAGAUACUUGACAAGUUCCCAAUUGAGGGAGGGCAGAAAGACCCAAAGAAGAGGAUCAUCCCAUUUCUCCCAGGCAAAAUCCUGUUCCGGAGGAGUCAUGUGCGAGACGUGGCCAUGAAGCGGCUGCGUUUCAUCGACGACUACUGCAGGGCGCUGGUGCGACUCCCCCCUCAGAUCUCUCAGAGUGAGGAGGUGCUGCGCUUCUUUGAGACAAAAGCCGAAGACGUCAACCCCCCAGUGGAGGACUAUGGCUCCAAGCGCAAGUCGGUAUGGAUGUACGGCUUUACAGACAGCCCGAGGAAAGAGGCCUCAGGGAUUGACAGCUCGGAGCCCAUGGUGCUGGAGCAGUACGUGGCCGUGGCCAACUAUGAGAGGCAAGAGAACUCGGAGAUCAGCCUCAAGGCCGGCGAAACGGUGGACGUGAUUGAGAAGAGCGAAAGUGGUUGGUGGUUUGUCAGUACAGCGGAGGAGCAGGGCUGGGUGCCGGCCACAUACCUGGACUCCCAGAAUGUAACCAGAGAUGAUUUGGACCUGGGCACUUCCAGGACUGGAGAAGUUACUAAGAGACGCAAGGCACAUCUGAAGAGGCUGGAUCGCCGUUGGACCCUCGGGGGUAUAGUCAACCGCCAGCAGAGCAGAGAGGAGAAAUACCUGACGAUACAGCCGCACAGCAGUCAAGGGAAGGAUGAAGUCAGCUUUGAGAAAGGGGUCACCGUGGAGGUCAUCCAAAAGAACUUGGAGGGCUGGUGGUACAUCAGAUACUUAGGGAAAGAGGGCUGGGCCCCUGCCUCCUACUUGAAAAAGGUGAAAGAUGACUUCUCCCCCCGCAAGAAGACCCUGACAGGCCCCGUGGAGAUCAUCGGCAACAUCAUGGAGAUCAGCAACCUGUUGCAAAAGAAGUCGGUCAGCGAGAAGGACAUCCAGACAGACGGAGAGGGGAGCACCACGCCGGAGCGCCACAUCUCCAAGAGCGAGAUCAGCCUGCCCAUGCCCUAUAACUCUGAAAUUAACGCUGAGACGGGCAGGAGGCUGAGCGCGGGCCGUGACACCAACAGCCCAUGUCUGGGAAUUGCAGCGAGUGCUGCCCUAAAUGAAAAUAAAGCAAGGGGCGAGCCAGGGUCCCCGGCUGUUGCAAGAGUGGCGCCGCAUAGAGUCCAAAUUGGCUUUGAUGCUAUAGGGUCUCCAAAUCUGAGACAGAAACCUCCCCCACGAAGAGAACCCAACUUGGGAUUUCAGUUACCCAAACCACCAGCGCCUCCUGCUGUGGAAGCAGAGUAUUACACUAUAGCUGAUUUCCAGUCUUCGAUCUCUGAUGGCAUCAGUUUCCGUGGAGGACAAAAGGCUGAUGUGAUAGAAAAAAACCCUGGGGGCUGGUGGUAUGUGCAGAUUGGAGAGAUGGAGGGCUGGGCCCCCUGCUCCUACAUUGACAAGCGCAAGAAGCCCAACCUCAGCCGUCGAACCAGCACCCUGACCCGGCCCAAAGUCCCACCCCCAGCUCCACCUGUCAAAAAACAAGACUCCGAGGAGCCGCCCCCUCCUGCUAACUCAAAAGUCUCAGAACCGCCUAGCAGGCCUGUGUACGAGGAGCCUGAAUAUGAUGUUCCUGCAGUUGGAUGCGAAGGUGAAUCGGACACAGAUUCCCUGAAGGAUGAGCGCGCCAUGGAUGUGAAGAUUAGCAGCGUGGUCAGUGACAAGUACCGCAGCUCCCCUCCUUCCUGCAAGGCCUCUCCUCCUGUCUGCAAGGCGUCGCCUGUGUUCACUCGUCGAAGAGCUUCCUUCAGGUCUGUAGAGGAGGUUGCCAAAGAGGAGUGUAUCUAUGAGAACGACGGCUUCAGGCCAAGCAGUGGUGUUGAAAGAACUUCAGUCAAAGGUUCCAGUGAGCCAAAUUCCCCAAGGAGCUACCAUUCCUCCACAGUCCCACGCAAACCCUCCGGAUCCUCACCUUUAGCUGGUAGACCCAUGAAGACCAUGACACCAGAGAUGAACCGGAGAAGCCAGACUCUUGGCAGACACAUAGACAUCAGCCUCAGGUCGCAGGACAACAGCCCCCACUCCUCUUCAGAUGAAUUGAGCAGAGGGGCCAAGAAAGGCCCUGCCUUCAGCCGGGAUGUGGAGCAGAGAAUAGGUCAGAGCCCCUCCACCAGGCCCAAGCCUUCUGUCAGACCUAAACCACUCCUGACCAAAUCUGAGCCCCAGAGUCCUGAGAGAAUGGACAUCAGCUCUUUGAGACGACAGCUGAGGCCUACAAGUCAGUUUCGGCCUCAUGGCCUCAAACCUACUCGUGGGGAUGACUCUGAAACAGCCUCUGUCAUCUCAUCAGAGGACUCGAGGUGUUCGCGCAGCACCUCAGAUCUCUCUUCUGUUUACUCCAAAGGGAGCCGUGGUGACUUGGACAUGGAAAGCCCCAACCUCUACCGCUCCCUGGAUGUCUAUAAAAAGGUCCAGGACUCUGAGGUCAGCUUUCCAGCCGGGGUGGAGGUUGAGGUUCUGGAGAAGCAGGAGAGCGGUUGGUGGUACAUCCGUUGGGGAGCCGAAGAGGGCUGGGCUCCCUCGUACUACCUGGAGCCUGUCAGACAAGUGGUCGAUGCAGGUGGGUUAGAACUAGAUGGACAUGGGAGUGGUGGGAGUAAGUCCAACAGCCUGGAGAAAAACGAGCAGCAAGUUUUGGCCCUCAAUAGCAUCAAUAUUCAGGGUCUGGGCCAGCAGCAUCAAGGCUUGAGAAGGAACACUCCGCCAAUUCCCUCCAAGCCUCCCGGUGGCUUCUCGAAGCCUUCCGGGAUGGUUAAUGGAGGUGUUCGGAUGAGGAACGGGGUACGCCAGGUGGCAGUGAGGCCUCAGUCUGUAUUUGUGACCACAUCACAGCCAGCAAAGGAUGCACACUACAUGACAGGGUCUCUGAGGCGAAACGACUCUCUUAAUAGAAGUGAUCACUAUGGCUCUGGUUCUGCCACUCUUGGUGUCCGCCGAAAUGCCUCCUUCAGCACCGUGCGACCACAUGUAGUUGUUGAAAGUCAUACGAGGCCUGCUGAGCGCUCCAGCCUGGGAUCGUCAGGGAGCUCAUUCAACACAAGCAAUGUCCAGGACGCCCUGAGCAGAGUCAACCAACGCAACGGCAUCCCUGUAUCCACGGUUCGACCUAAGCCCAUAGAGAAGAGCCAGCUGAUCCACAAUAACCUCGGCAGAGAUGUGUACGUGUCCAUCGCUGACUAUCGUGGCGAUGAGGAAACAAUGGGUUUCACCGAAGGCACCUGUCUGGAGGUGCUGGAAAGAAACCCCAAUGGAUGGUGGUACUGCCAGGUGCAGGACAGCCUGCUUCCCCGCAAGGGCUGGGUCCCCUCCAACUACCUAGAGCGGAAAAAAUAAAAACUAACCCCACAUCCUUCCCCUUCCCCCCUCAUUCCCUUUUGGAUGUCUACAAGGACGUCGGUGGCAUCACUCCUUAAGAAUGUUACCCGCAAUCUCCCGUAAGCAAUAUGUCCUUGAAAAUGUACAUUUAUGACUGCGUGUAAAAAGAAAGAUGUUUUAAUCUGAUAAGGAAGGACACUUUUAGUGCUGGUUUACUAAAAUGUAUAUGAAGAGCAGUGUAAAGAUUCAAAAUAUUUUGUCUGGGAUUGAGCGACAAACUAAAAAUUGGUCAUCCUUCAGUGAGGAAAGUUAAAGAGGACAGUGUCUAAGAUAUAACAUGGUAUGAAUGGGAGUAAUAACCUCUUAAAAGAGGUUUGCAUCAUGUGAUACAGAAGUUGAGCGGGUUAAUGGUUAUGCUUAUUCCUGCCCAUCACUGACUCUGAUGGCCAAUAUGUGCCUUUUGUAUUUGAUCACCUGAAUGGAGGUCCUAAAUGGUGGAUGGCAAAACAUUGAAUCAACCAAAUCUUUUAAGAGUGCCAUAGGCCUAUGAGAAUUUCCAUAACCAAUUAAGAGCUCUGCUGUAGAGUGCAAACAAAGUGCAAAGUUUCCAUUAAGAGUGCUCUGAUUGGUCCAAUACAGAUUAAAGAAAGAAAGUGAGAUUAAAAUGAGUCAGAGAAUCUAUUUGUUUUAAACCAAAAGUCAUCAAGCAAACUAAAACAUUUUAAUCUCAUUAUCAGUAUUGUAUUAUUUUGUUUCAUUGUUGACGUUAUAAUGUCUUUUGUUGAUUCCUUAGAGAAUUAUUUCUGCUUUCUUGUGACAUCUGUUAACCACCGACAGCCUAGAAUUGGAAAAAUUUAAGUUCCCGCCUCCUGUCAUGUACCAUCACCACUGGUCCAAUAUGCAGGAGCUGCUCACGUUUCAUAAAUUGGCAUAGUUUGGGUGUAGAUUCUCAAGCCCAAGAAAGAUAUGUUAGUAUUCAUGCUAUUAAUCCCAGAUGUAACUAUCCGGGAUAACACAUGUAUUUUUUUAAAAACACCUGUGAAACUUGAAAAUAACAGUCAUGUUUUUUAAGUUUAAGUAAGGAACAACUUGCUCUCCAGAACAAACCCACCUCAUAUCUGGGUACCGAAUAACCUCAGAAGAUGAAAACAAUUAGUUUACAUAGUUUAGGUUUACUGUAGUGCUUUUAGUUCAAGAAACAUUUGAUUUUGUAUAUAUUUAGAUUUUUAUACACAUAAUAAUACCGCUGUAUUGUAUGUAUUGAAUAAGUACUGGAAAUGCGAUGAAAUAAUUGAAUCCCAGGGAUUUAUUUGCAUAGCAUUUAUCCCAAAAUGUGAUCAAACCAGAGAGAAAUGUCAUUUCAUUGGCAAUGUUUGGGUGAUUUUACUAUUUAUUUAUGGUACAAGUAAUACAGUGUAUUCACAAAAUGCCUAAAACGAGUUAUAUGAACUGAAAUAAAACCAGUACCUGGAAAAACUUGAUACAUGUUCUCAAAGUAAGCAAUUUCAUCAUAAUAUUAGAUAUUACUACACAGUAUAGGUUUUUGACAUCAAAUAUAAGACAACAUAGUGUAUUAAUUUGUUAAGUUACGGUAUUUUUCCCAUCAUCCUAGUUGUAGUUGGGUUUCAUACCAAAUAUUAUAAGAUCAUAUAAAGAAGACUUAUCAAUCACCAAGUUAGAAAUAAUUCAUCCCAAAUGCAGAAGUGAAAUAUGAGAAUUUGACAUUCUGAGCUAAAAUAUUUGAAAAUUCAAACGGCUGAUGUUCAAGACUGCUGAAAUACAUUUUCUAAUGAGGGUGUGAGCUCUCUGCAUGAGGCUGAACACUAACUUUUCAUAAUGUUUCUGCUGGACAGUAUCACAGUAUUAAACAGAGUACAGUACCUGCUAGAUCGCAGUUAUCUAUUUUAGUGAGAACAUAUUUGUUUUUUGUUUGUCAAUGUGUUACUCUGUGAUCACACAGUGACAAUAAUGAGGAACGAAGUGGUUCUGUUUUGUGAAUUAGUGCACUUUAAACCCGUUUUUAUGGUGCAUUAAUGUAAAGAUGCAGUAAAUACUCAGCAUAAUAUUUAUUGAAUAGGUUUUUGUAAUUAUUCAGUUUCUCCCUAUUCUUUUUUUACUCAACUCAUAUGAGAGGUGGAACUCUGUGUUGAGUUCUCUCCAUGCCAAAGUUUGAGUAGAAUUGGAGAAGUGGAGACCUCUUGUGGAAGGUCAGAGGUACUGCAACACGGUUUGUAUCCCAUCCACAAGGCUUACCAGCCGUCCUACCUCAGUGCAAUAAGAAAUGCACUGCUGGUCAGUGAGUCUCACCAAAAACUGUACAGAAUUUUUUUCCCUUAAUAUUUUGAAAUCUCAGUGCAGCUAAAAUAUUUUCGUAGCACGUAUUUUGUAUUAGGCAAUAAUUUAUUUUUUGAAAUUUAACAAAAAGUAACUUUUUUCCUCUAUGCUGUGUGCUGCAACUUUAGCAAAUCAUGGGCACUUCCUUCAUCUUUAUUGCGCUUUACAUAAUGCCUGAUUUUAUACAUAUUUAUUAUGAAUACGUUUAUAUCUUAUCACAGUUUGACAAUCACCUUAUUCCUCCACUUAAGAUAUUACUGUAUACCAUUAUACAGAUUAUCAUUGUUACAGAAAUUGGACUUCGCUCACCUGAACGGCAACCCAGCAGUCAACUAAAAAAGUCAUAAUUUAACUGAGUAUGUGAGAUAUUUGCAUUCAUUUUAGAAAAUAUAACCAUUUAAGGAUAAGUAAUGAAUUAAGAAUUAGGAUGUUGAUGUUUGCUGUCCGGUAACAAGGCCCCUCCCCACCCAGACGAAGGCAUUAUGUAAAUGUUUUAAAUCACUUUGUACAUUUGGCUCCAGCACAUAUUAUUAUUGCAUAUUGCUUCUUUGAGUUUUUAGAAAAGCGCUAUACAAAUCUAAUGUAUUAUUUUGAUUGAGCUGAAUUUACUUGGCUGAAAUAGCAAGGGAAUCGUUCUGUGUCAAGCUUACAUUUAGCGGCGCACUGUCUUUAUUCAUGCUUUACAUUUGUUUUGUUUUCUUAUUUUCCUUUUUUACCCUUUUUCUCAAAUUCUGAAAUGUACCCGCAAGCAAGUGUGCAAUAGAUAAGAAACACAUCAUGCUUCAAAAAGAGGAAGGAGAUCACAGGUGUAGAAGAAACGUGAACAAUGACAUUUCAUCUGUUGGGAGUAGAUAUUCCCAGUCAAACUGCCAGACAUGAGCUUUUACCAUCAUUUCAAGCGUAUCGUUUUGAGUGGAUCUUAAAGAGCAGAUGUGAAAGGCUCUACAAGCGUUGGAAAAGUCAUUGGACCAAAGCAGUGGAAUGUGACAUCUCAUUAUCUCCUGAUGUGACAGACUUUUAAAAAUAACUCGCAUGAGAAUCUCUGCUGCUCCUGCAGCAGUGGACAGUGAUUUGUGAAUGGCAUGGCAGAAACCCGCUGACCCAUUCUGUAUUUACAUUACAGCCAUCUGGGGUCUUCUUCACAGAUGGAGAGUCAUGGGCCCAUCAUCAGGGGCCUCAGCGGCCCUGCUCUGACCUGUCACGUUCGUGCCUGAAUGGAAUUUUGAUAGUUUCUUGUUUUUGUGUUGUUGUUUUCCUCUUUCUUUGUUUUGUUUUCUGGAGUGUGUCCUCUCUGCACCUACGCGGAUGCCUCUCUUGACAUUUAGCCCACCAUUGUCAAAUGAAGUCAGACUUUUUCCCUCACCAGUCAUCACGGCGGAAGGUGACAAUUGGAACCAUCUCGGCGGUAAACAAGAGAGCGGGGAGAUGAACACCCCUUCACGCCAUUUCAGUUCAAUCCAUCAGCUUCCAGGAUGUACGCCAAAAAUAGAAAAACUUUUAUUUUUCUCUUUGCUUAGCCCCAGGCAGGCCUUAUCCAUGUGUGACAGGUGAAUAUCAUUGUGCUAAAGACUUGCUGCGUGUACAGGCCAAUACACAGUUACCCUUUAUUGUCAGUGGGGCUUGUGUCCAUGAAUCCUUUUGUUAGUUUGUACUUAAACUCCACCUUAAAGGAAUGAUCUGAGAAAUACAAUGAUUUGCUUUCUUGCUGAGAGUCAUAUGAGAAGAUUGAUGCCACUUUCAUGACAUGAGGAUGUUAAAGUUUGCUUUUUGUUACCUCACUUGUAUGUUUGAGCUUCACUGUGCAGAAUGACAUGCACAGAGUUUUCACAGUUAUGUGCUGAAUGGUGAAAAUGACUUGAGUUUAGGGCGUGUAGGUACCAGCAUGAUUUUGCGACAUCACAACUGGAAGCCAAUCGGCUCCAGUGUUCAACUUAUGCAUGUGUGAUGUGGAAGCUUGUGGAAUUGAGAAGUAAGAGACAUCUCAGCAGUUUUUACAAGAGAAAUAUUUCCAAUUAAAUGCAAUUGUAAGAAUUUUUAACAAGGCCAUUUAAGUAUUAUGUUGAAAAAGUCUUAAGUCGGGAAUCUUUCAAUAUGAAGCUAAAGAUAUAAAACGAAAAAGUUUUGGUUUUACAAAAGAUGCCAGGAAAUAGUCCAGCACAUCUCCCCACGUAAACCCAACCUGUCUUUUUUACUCUUUGGUUUUUGUACACAUCAAACCAAUGAGAUAGAUCCUGAUACCUGAUGAGCUGUCGGUGCUGGUGUAGCAGUUCACCUGUUCCCAGUGUUUCUGCUAAGCUAAGCUAAUUAUCUUCUGGCUUUGGCUUUAGCGUACAGACAUGAGAGUGCUGUCAAUCUUCUUAUCCAACUCUCUGCAAGAAAGCGAAUAAGUGUAUUUCCCAAAAUGUCUAACUGUUCCUUUAAGUUACAGGCUUCUUUUUCCAUCAUACCAGCUCAACCUAUUUCAGAUUCACGUUCUUAUACCUGCGUGCAUCCACACAGCACAAUGGAAAUGGAAUUGGCGGAUGUAAUAUGUUUGCAUUCGCCGUGUGCACACAUGCCAACACACAUUAGAUGAUGAUGAGGAGUCAUUCACGGCAGAGGAAAUGUAUGACUUUCUUGAUAUAUUCUCGGAGGUCAGCCAAGUGAGACAGCUCCGCUACGCCGGCACCCGCUUUUACUCCUCACUCUCUUUUUAUUUUAACAAAUGGACGCCACCUCUCAGGCGUGAAACACCUUAAACUCUGUAAUCCCAAACACGAGCUGCGUAUCCCUCCUGGCUGCACUUCCUCUCUGCUCAACACUUCUCUUUCUUCCCUCCCUCGCCACGUAUUUCCAUCUCUGUCCUUCCUCGACACAGCAGCCUGUUCCUGGUGAAACGAUUGAGAUAUCUUGGAGGGCUCGGGUUGGGGUUGCAUAAUGAGAUGGAUAGCUUGCAGGUGCACUCAGAAGAAGAGAAUUUGGAAGUAAAGGAAGAGAUUUGCAAGAGCGGGAUGCAGGGAGACACGAUGGAUCAGAUAGUGGAUUGUAGGAGACAGGGUGAGCGCGAGGUGAGGGGAGCUCUGCUUUGAUGGGAGGGGGAUGAAAGGCUGCUGGACGCUGUUACCACUCUGGAAACUAUGAAGAAUAAUUUCUACUUACAGCGAACCCAUUUUAUCCAACUCCUUCUACCCAACUUCCACAAAGCCCAGACCUAAUGAGCUCUCCGCUUCCGAACCUGAGCUGUGAUCUUAUCUCUGCAAACAAUGUUUUAAUUGCAGCACUUGAUGUUCUUGGAGCUGCUUUGAAAGAAACUGCAAGUCAGCGAGUUCCCAGUACAGAAGCUUCUCUCAGUCUCACCCUCCGUCCACAGAGUAACUUUAAAAACUGAUCCUACGUCUGAUUGUAGCUUCUUUUACUGUCAGUGUCUUCAGAUCUGUAGCCCUGAGGGGGAGAGAGUUAACAUUGGUGUUGGAAAAAGCUUUUUGGGAAUAAGACAAAAAAAAAGGCUUCAAAUGGUGGAUUCCCUGUCUCUCUUUUUUGCCUUAUUCCUGUGUUUUUGUUGAGAACAAUAAUUGAAUGUUGCAGAAGUGUAUCACAGGAUUUGAAGUGUUUGUUCACAUCUAAUGAAACAAGCUUUAAUUCUUAAUGGAAAUAAAAGUAAAAAAGGCUCUGGGUUGGGUUAUACAGGCAGCUGUUGGAUAGAAGGGGGGGGUAGGUUUGAUAAGAAAGUUUCUGUAAGUGUGUGGGAGCCGGUUUGAGGUAUUUAGGGAGAUGAUUUUGUAGGUUUUUUAAUUACUACGUAGUUUUAGUUUGAGGCAGUGUGAGAGAAGAAGGGAAAGAAUAAGUGAAGCUGGAGGGUUUGUGGUAAAAAAGAAAAGAAAAUCCCAAGCUUCGGAAUCAGAGUAUUCUGAUUAUUUAUGUCAUUCUGAAAACUUCCUCACAGAAUCGCAGUUGUGAGACGUGCCAGCGGGUAUCAGCGGGAUCCGUCUGCAGAACAGAGGCUGUGUCGAGGAAAGAGGCGCGCGCCUGUGUCUCCGUUUGAAUCCCUGUUUGUAAUUAGCACAACAGUGUGUCUUAAUUAACCUUCGCCAGUCACACGACACUGCGACGCUAACAGCGGCCUCCUGAUCUGCACACUGCGUGUCUGCGGUGGAGCCAGCUGUCAGAAGUGAUCGAUGCUGAGUUACAGCUGAGGUAGAUUCAUCAGAAGGUGAAGACUGUUUUUAGCCUGGAUGUUGCAUUUAUAGAAUAUUAUUUGUCACCACCCUGCUGUGGAAAGCAGUGUGCCAAAAAACAAAACCUUGGAUGCCCGACGCCAUCAUGCUCUUGAUCUGUACAUUCUGACAAAAACAAUCCGUUACCAGCAUGUCAAAUACAAUAACAACUGCAGGCCUUGAGUUGGACCAAAGGAGGUGCUAUUCUUUUUUCUUUUUUCUUUUAAUUGCCAUUGUUGUUAUGCAAAUUGUGUUUAACUCUUGCAAGCUCCUUGUUUUCAAAAGAUAUGCCAUGAGGAGACUAAGGAGGCUUUAUGCCACUGUAAAAGUCAAUGAGGAGUCAUCUGCCCUCAAACAUGGUGACAAGGCCACACAGUAUCUGUUCACAGCAGCAUCACACUGUACGUCAGUGCACUAAAUACAAUGAAAGCAACAACAGUCCAAAUUCCUUUCUGAUUGGAGAUGUGUACACAUGUGCAUUGCUUUUGAAAACAGAGCAUUUUCUUAUCUACCGUUUCAUUUUGACAAGUCUUGUUCCUUUUUUUGUAUCUUGUACAUGUUUACAUUGUAUCUCGCAUUGCCCAAAAGAGAAACAAUAUUAAAUGUAUUAUCUUUGUUGUUUUA